AUGGCUGAUGCGCAGCCGGUGGUACAGCUGCCGCCGGCCUUUGUGGGCGAGCAAGCUGUUUACGGCCCUCACUACCGUGGAGGGCUGGCACCCCCACCCGAGUGGUGGGCACACGUUGCACACCCGCUGGCGCCCUGGCCCCCGCAGCCGGUUCGUAUACAAGCGGUGCAGGUCCAUCCCUGCCAGCAAUGGCAGAGCAUCAUGGGCUUGAGCUAUCAGCCUAUGACUCCUAUGACCAUUGCCCACCCAACAGUGCCGUUGUUUUGCACCCCACACGUGCCCGCACACACCAUGCCCCACCAGACAGAGCCGUGGUGCGGCACCCCAGCGAUGAUGCCGCAAAGUGUGAUGUAUUUGCCACCGGCACAAGUGCCUCCCCCACAUCAGCCCCCACAACUGGCCCCUCAACUCCCCCAGCAUAUGGCGCUUCAAUCCUCCCUACCACCGCCCCCCGUGACAGCACCCACGCCCCCAUCACCCACAGAAAAGCCUGCCAAGCCCGCAAAGCCCACAAAGCCUACAAAGCCCUCGUGGGCGGACCUAUCGGAAACCCCAACGGCUCUUCCGAAUUCGUGGCUUCCUAGCGACGCUGAGGAGCUCCCAACGCUUCUCCCCAAGCCCAACACGGGCAAGGGGAAGGGCAAGGGCAAAGGCAAGGGGAAAGGCAAGGGCAAGAGCUCCAGCAAAGGAAAUGGCAAGGGCCAGGGCGGCCAGGGCAAAUCCUGGCAGAAUUGGAGCUGGAAGUGA